GCCCAACCGCAACCAAGCAAAGCACGCGACUACGGGAGCAGGGCAGUUUCCUUUUCCGGCCAUCCAACCUGAAGCAAGUCGAAAGCCCCCUCACCUCCAUUCCCUCCAUGGCAGCCAGCCUCCUUUACUCUCUCCCAUCCUCCCCCAACCAUGGUGUCAUUGACACCCACAGGCCACCAUAAAGACCCCCACCACCACAGCUGCUGCUCUCAAGAAUCCAGAGAAGGAGGCGGAAGAGGAGAGUAGGAGCUGGGUCUCGGCUUCUUGUAGGUGUUCUUCUCGGCGAUUUCUUGGAGGAGAUCGAGAUGGGCCGCGGCAAGAUUGAGAUCAAGAGGAUCGAGAACACGUCGAACCGGCACGUGACCUUCGCGAAGCGCCGGGCCGGGCUAGUCAAGAAAGCCCGCGAGAUCAGCGUGCUCUGCGACGCCGAGGUCGGCGUCGUCAUCUUCUCCAGCGCCGGCAAGCUCCAUGACUUCUGCUCGCCUAAGACCACGUCAGUUAUCUCUCUCUCUCCACCGUUUCUUUGUCUUUGGUGUUCUUUAUGUUCUAGCAAGUGCUAUGUCUUCUUUGGAACCGAUCACAAAGAAGCAAAACCUUGGCUUGCUGUUAGGCUACCGAGGAUCCUGGAGAAGUACCAGACUAACUCUGGGAAGAUUCUGUGGGAUGAGAAGCACAAGAGCAUCAGCGCAGAGAUCGACCGGGUGAAGAAGGAGAACGACAACAUGCAGAUCGAGCUCAGGCAUAUGAAAGGAGAGGAUCUGAACUCCCUGCAGCCCAAGGAGCUGAUCGCGAUUGAGGAGGCGCUUCAGAACGGCCAGACCAACCUGAGGGACAAGCAGAUGGAGCACUGGAAGAUGCAUAGGAGGAAUGAGAAGAUGCUGGAGGACGAACACAAGCUGCUGGCUUUUAGGAUGCACCAGCAGGAUGCUGAGCUGAGCAAUGGCAUGAGGGAGAUGGAGCUUGGGUACCAUCACGCAAGGGAUUUUGCUCCCCAGAUGCCGUUCACCUUCCGAGUGCAGCCCAGCCACCCCAACUUGCAGGAAGACAAGUAGGCCGUUGAAUCCUUCCGGGUCUGCUCUGAAAGCUGAAGAUGCUAGUUUGCAUGUUCUCGAGCGCUCUUGGAUGUAUCUUUAUUUUCAUGUCUGCCAGGAUGAACUUACUGAGAUCCAGUUGUAUCAAUGUUAUCAGCUACAUCGCUUUCACCAGAACAGUUGCUGUCCAUGUCACUCCUAGCCUUAGGACUGAAAAAUGAGGAACUUGGUGUUUCAUGUC